AUGCCCUCCACCCAGCUCUCGUUCUCCCUUCGCGUCUCCUCUGGCGUCAAGACCGUCCAUCUCCUCGGCUCCUGGGACGGUUACACCGGACAGCUCCCUCUGUCCAAGGACAAGUCUUCAUCCAAGUCUGGCUCCUGGAAAGGCACCUUCCGAUUCCAAGAAUCCACACUCGAGACCGGCCAGCGAUACUGGUACUACUACAUCAUCGAUGGAUACCACAUCGCCCACAACCCCGGUGUCGACUCAGUUGUUGAGCCCACUACUGGCCGCGAGCUGAACAUUCUUGAUGUGCCCUCAGACUCCCACAAGUCCUCCAAGUCCUCAUCCAAGUCAAGCAGCAAGAGCUCUUCCCGCCACUCUUCCAAGGACUCCAAGUCAUCCAAGUCUUCCUCAUCGUCCAAGUCUUCCCACAAGUCGUCCCGUAGCAGCCGAAGCUCCUCCGACAUCCCCAAGGGCCGCCCCCUGUCAAUCUCCCAGAUCCAGGCCCCCAAGCCAAUGUCGCCUUAUGCUACCCAGCACAUCCUCAAUGCUGAUCUCUACGACGAGGACGAGAUCGAGGCUCUCACUGCCCGCUUUGGUGCCGCCGAGAUCGACGAGGACGCUGUCACCAACUUCAGCACGUCUCCCGUCUCCUCUUCCGGCUCCUCGCUGUCCUACCGCUCCGACAGCUCCUCUCCCUCAUCAUCGCUCUCAGGCUACAGCACACCCAACUCCGACUGCAGCACUUGCACUUGCGAACGCUACGGUAUCACCCGCAAGGGCGAGCGUGUCAAGCUUGACUGUGGCGGUGCCCGCUGCGCCUAUGGCGAUGACAGCUCCGACUGCUCCAGCUCCGGCAGCGAGGAUGAGGAUUACGAAGAGCAGCCCGUCAGCCGCCGCCACGGCAUGGUUGUCAGGUAA